GGACAGUAAUUUGUUGUAAUUGAUUUUUCUUAGCGAUUCUAUCUAUUUUUAUGGGCAGAAUAGCCAAACGUAAAGGCAACUUCAAACAAAAUAGGAGAAAGAUAUUCUUACAAAGACACGUUGAUCAAAUUAAGGAAGAAAUAGAAAGGAAAGGGGUUUUUCAAGCAAUAACGGAACAUACAGCUGUUGAUCUGGAGCUCCCAGGCCUGGGUCAGUAUUAUUGUUUGCCUUGCGACCGUUACUUUGUGUCCAAUGACGCUUUAAACAGUCACUAUAAAACGAAAGCCCAUAAGAGACGUUUAAAGGACCUACAGGAGACUCCAUAUUCACUUCGAGAAGCAGAGGCUGCUGGUGGUUUAUCGGCUCCAGAUAACGGAAGACCUCUAAGAACCAACCACGUUUGAUUCUCUUGAAAGAAGCCUGAAAAAAUGAACUUUAUCAAAAUUUUUCUCAAGGACGCUUUUCAUACAGAGGUUUAACAGUUUUGUUAUAAAACACUCUUCAUAGCUGUGUAGGUAGUUUUGUCAACUUGUUUCUUUUGGCGAUCUCCUAUCAACUUGAAAGGAUUCUGUAAAAUAUUUUACACUUUCUAGCCAAGUUUAAAACAUUUCCUUUGGCCAUAAAAAAUAUCUAUUUAGUAUUUUUAACGAACACUUAUCCGAUGACAGAAAGUGCUCAACGCAGAAUACUCUAAAAAUGAACCAAGUCAAUCGACUCAUUGUCUUUGUCCUCUUAUAAACUCAAAUGAUAUCUACAUAUUCCUUUAUCGUCACUAACGUGUUCGUUGCUAAAUAAAGAUCUUUACUUUUGCUGUGUAAACAAGAGUUCCUCGUCAAGAGAGCGUGAUGAAAUGAGGUUUCCUGUACAGAAAUAAAGUUGAAUGAGAACCAAUUCUUUGAAGAACAAAGUAAGUAAACAUUAAUUUUGCCGC